UGAAAACCCAAGUUUAAUUUCACAUUCUUCAUAUUCAUCUCCCUCAAGUUAUCACUUCAAUAUUUCAAAAUGAAGAACACGACUUCUGUUCUUGCUAUUGUUGUUGCAAUGAUGCUUCUUUUGGGUGAUGUUUAUGCUCAAGUUUGUACUCCCAAUCAAGAGAUAAAGGAUUGCUAUCCAGCUUUAAUUUCAAAGGGAUCACCCUCUUCACUUUGUUGCCAAGAAUUAGUUCACCAUAGAAAUUGUUUAUGCCAAUACAUAGACAUUAAUCACCCAACAUUGCCACCAAAUCACCAAUUUCUUCGCAAAAUCACUGAAAAGUGUGGUAUUCCUUUCCCUGAAAUUUGUCCUGCAAUAAUCUCACACAUCAAACCGCACUAUAUAACCGUCCUUCCUUCAUUUUGCCGCUUCAAAUUUCUUUCGUCUCAUUCAUAUUCAACCGUCAUCGCCACAUCUCCUCCUUCUUCUCCGCCGCCGUCGAACUCCGAGGAAUUCUCUAUUGUGAGCACAAUGACCGAUCAGAAUCAACAUACAGCCGUUAUUAGUAAAGUAGCGAGCCGAUUACACCUCUCCCAAGAUGUUCGAACUCAUUAUGGUGCUUUUCAAAACCCUGCUGCAACUCAGAGACAAAUCACAUAUGGAAAUUGCUCAACUCCAGGGUUGCAGUCAUUGAUAUCUGCAAAUCCUUCUCCAGUUUUUGUUCAAGCUCCAUCUGAAAAAGGUAUGGCUGGAUUCGCGAUCGAUUUCCUCAUGGGUGGAGUUUCAGCAGCCGUUUCCAAAUCCGCAGCUGCUCCAAUAGAGCGUGUGAAGCUUUUGGUCCAAAACCAAGAUGAAAUGAUCAAAUCCGGUCGUCUCUCCGAACCCUACAAAGGCAUCGGAGAUUGUUUCUCAAGAACAAUCAAGGACGAAGGAGUCAUGUCGUUAUGGAGAGGAAACACCGUUAAUGUCAUCCGUUACUUCCCAACUCAAGCUCUUAACUUUGCAUUCAAGGACCAUUUCAAGAGGAUGUUCAACUUCAAGAAAGAUCGUGACGGAUACUGGAAAUGGUUCGCCGGAAACCUCGCCUCCGGUGGCGCCGCCGGUGCGUCGUCUCAGAUCUUCGUUUACUCUUUGGAUUAUGCCAGAACUCGUUUAGCAAAUGAUGCUAAAGCUGCGAAGAAAGGAGGAGAGAGACAAUUCAAUGGGUUAAUUGAUGUGUACAGGAAAACCAUUGCAACCGAUGGAAUUGCAGGGUUAUAUCGUGGAUUCAACAUUUCAAUUGUUGGAAUCAUCGUGUAUCGUGGUUUGUAUUUUGGAAUGUACGACUCAUUGAAGCCCGUUCUUCUCACCGGAUCUUUGCAGGAUAGUUUUUUUGCAAGCUUUGGGCUUGGUUGGGUGAUCACAAUCGGUGCUGGUCUUGCAUCCUACCCAAUUGACACUGUUCGAAGAAGAAUGAUGAUGACAUCAGGUGAAGCAGUUAAAUACAAGAGCUCUUUGGAUGCAUUUUCUCAAAUUAUAAAGAAAGAGGGUUCAAAAUCAUUGUUCAAGGGCGCAGGUGCAAAUAUCCUGCGAGCUGUUGCUGGUGCUGGUGUUCUUGCCGGUUACGAUAAGCUUCAGGUUAUUGUUUUCGGUAAGAAGUAUGGUUCAGGAGGGGCCUAA